AUGGCUCGUGGAAAGAUUCAGAUGAAGAGGAUUGAGAAUCCGGUGCAUAGGCAGGUGACUUUCUGCAAGCGGCGCGCUGGGCUCCUCAAGAAGGCUAAGGAGCUCUCUGUCCUGUGUGAUGCUGAAAUUGGAGUUCUCAUUUUCUCUGCCCACGGAAAGCUCUAUGAACAAGCCAGCAAAGGAAGCAUGCAGGGUUUAAUAGAGAGAUACAUGAAAGCUGAACAAGUGAUCAAAAAUAAGGAAGUUCUGGAUCUUAAAGAUGAGAUUAGUAAGUUGAAGCUUGAGAUUGACGUUCUUCAGAAAGGGAUAAGAUUCGUAUAUGGAGGAGGAGAUGGUUCAAUGACCUUGGAUGAAAUGAAUGUUCUCGAGAAACAUCUUGAAUUAUGGAUGUGCCAUGUUCGCUCAGCAAAGAUGGAUAUUAUGUUUCAAGAGAUCCAGUUGCUGAAGAACAAGGAGGGAAUACUGAAGGAAGCAAACAAGUAUCUGCAAGAUAAGAUGGAUGAGCAAUAUGGGAUUGAUAGCAUGGCACCAAUGCUUACUAACACAGAAUACCCUCUAAUGACUAGUAAUCAGUACCCACUAACCAUACAAAAUGAAAUAUAUCAGUUCUGA